AUGGAUCAACAAAGUCAAUCCGGGCCCCAAGGCCCUGGUGGCCGCAAGUUCCAUAUUGCUCACAGGAGAAGUCCUUCUGAGCUUACCCCUCUUAUGAUGGAACAACUGGCUAUUCAACAACAAAUUGAGUUGCUCCAGCAGCAACAGCAACAAAUUGCUGCGACACACCAACAAUACGUUAACAUGGGGCUGUUGCAGCCCCAACAAUUGGGCCAGGUGCCCUCAUUCCAACCGGGUGCCUCUAUGGCUGGUGUCUCCCCACAGCAAGUUAAUGCUUUCCAAUUUCCACAAGGUGGACAGCAGCAACAGCUUGGAGUACAAAUGAACGCACCCGCCCAACACUCGCACCGCCGGAACCAGUCAGCUCUACCAGGCCUCCCCAUGGGCCCGCCUCCUGCUCCCUCCUCAGGUGCAUCGGGCUAUGCUGAGUACAACCAGCAGGGCCAAAAUAACAACCACAAGAAUGAGAACGCCGGUCACGGCGGUCGUGGUCGUGGAGGUCCCCCUGGCGGUGGUCACCAGCGCCGUCACUCACUUGCUCUGCCUGAGGCCAAGAAAGCCGCCGAGCUCGCCCAGCAGAAGAGAACUGCUUCGGGAUUCCAGUUCCCCGCCCCUGCUCCCGGUGCCAGUGGCUCUGAUAACCAGUCCUCUUCAGAUGACAAGCCCGCGAACAACGCCUCACAGGCGCCACAGGGGCUUGGAUUCCAACGUGCUGGUAACAUGCGAGCUGGCGGCCAUGGUCGCAGCCAGUCGAUGGCAAUUGGUGGUAACAACCGGGGCUCUAUUUCUGGCCGUGGUGCCGGUGGCUUCCAGUUCCCUCAGGCCAGUGAGGCACCUGUGGGUCAGACCGACAAUCAGCGCAGAGGAAGCCAACCCGGCCACGCUCGCUCGUCUUCGCGAAACUUUGAAGGCAACUGGCGCCAGCCUAACAACCAGAACCAAGGUCAGGAUCAACAGAGACCCGGUCAGCAGCAAGGUGGCUUCCAGCCCGGCCACCGUUCUCGCGGAUCCAUGAACCAGUCAAUGGGCUCCAUCGGCUCGUUUUCUUACGGCGGUGGUCAGCCUCAGAUCGGCCAACCCCAGCUGAUCCAGCUUCCUCAGGGCCAAGUCAUGAUGGCUCCUCAGAUGUUUGGCGGCCAGCAGUUGAACCCAAUCCAGGUCGCACAGCUUCAAGCGCUUCAACAGCAGAAUGGCCAGGGAAUGGGUGGUCUCCAGGCAAGCCAACACGCCCCUCCACAGAUGUCUGUUCAGCAGCAACAGCAGCAGCAGCAACAGCGGAAGACUCUUUUCACUCCUUACCUUCCCCAAGCCAACCUCCCUGCGCUUCUCAGUAACGGGCAACUCGUCGCCGGUGUCUUGCGUGUUAACAAGAAGAACCGUUCCGAUGCCUACGUGACUACUGAUGACCUGGAUGCCGAUAUCUUCAUUUGUGGAAGUAAAGAUCGCAACCGCGCCCUUGAGGGCGACUUUGUCGCUAUCGAGCUUCUUGAUGUCGAUGAGGUGUGGUCUCAGAAGAAAGAAAAGGAAGAGAAGAAGAAGCGCAAGGACAUCACUGAUGCCCGCUCCAACAGCAACGCGGGCAAUGAGAAGCUCGGCCGCUCCGACUCUACUGGUGACAGACAAGAAGUUGGUCCGGAUGGAAGCAUCCGCCGUCGUGGUAGUCUGCGCCAGCGUCCCACCCAGAAGAAGAACGACGACGUCGAGGUUGAAGGCCAAAGUCUUCUUCUGUGUGAGGAAGACGAGAUUAGCGAUGAGCAGAAGCCUCUCUACGCUGGUCACGUUGUUGCAGUCAUUGAGCGUGUUGCAGGUCAGAUGUUCUCGGGAACUUUGGGCCUGCUCCGCCCUAGUAGCCAGGCUACAAAGGAGAAGCAAGAGGCCGAGCGACAGGCCAGGGAUGGUGCUCACGGUCGCUCUCACCAUGACCGUCACCAGGACAAGCCCAAGAUUGUUUGGUUUAAGCCCACUGACAAGCGUGUCCCUCUGAUUGCUAUCCCCACAGAGCAGGCGCCUCGUGACUUUGUUGAGAAGCACCAGGACUACGCCAAUCGGAUCUUCGUUGCUUCUAUCAAGAGAUGGCCUAUCACCUCUCUGCACCCCUUCGGUACGCUCGUAGAGCAGCUCGGUGAGAUGGGUGACCUGCGUGUUGAAACGGAUGCCUUGCUUCGUGACAAUAACUUUGGUUCGGACGACUUCUCUGACGCCGUUUUGAAGAGCAUUGGCUGGGAGGAUUGGACUGUUUCCUCUGAAGGCGAUGCCCUUGCUUCCAGACAUGACUUCCGUGAAGAGACCAUCUUUACGAUCGAUCCUGCCGAAAGCAAAGCCCUUGAGGAUGCAUUCCACGUCAAGAAGCUUGACGAUGGCAAGGUCGAGAUCGGUGUCCACGUUGCGGACAUCGCUCACUUCGUUAAGGGCAACUCCUUGGUUGAUCGCGAAGCGAAGAAGCGCGGUACUGCUGUUUACCUCGUCGACCGCAUCAUGAACAUGUUGCCAACUCGUGUUUCAACCGAGCUUUGUUCCCUCGUCCCUGGUGAGGAUCGCCUCACUGUCAGUGUUGUCUUCAAGGCCGACCCUACUACCGGUAUUGUGGAUGACGACCUUUGGAUUGGCAAGGGUAUCAUUAAGAGUGCUGGUCGUCUUGACUACGAACAGGUUAACGCUCUCAUCGGCGGCCAGUCUGACGCCAACACCAGCGGCAUUCCUGCCGAUAGCAUCCGCUUGCUCCACAACAUUGCCGGCAAGUUCCGUGAAGCACGCUUUGGUAACCGUGUGACCGAUGUUCCUGUCCAGCGUCUGCUUCAGCAGCUUGAUGACGAGAAUGUUCCGGUCGAAUACAACAUCUUUGAUUCCACUCCCGCACAUGAACUUGUUGAGGAGCUGAGCCAUCAGGCUAACUUCUUCGUCGCCCGCAAGCUUUUCAGCGCCAUGCCCGAUAAGGCAUUCCUGCGUCGCCAAUUCUCACCCAACCCCCGUCGCCUCACCCUGUUUGUUGAGCGCAUGAACCGUCUCGGGUUCGAGAUGGACGCCAGCAGCAGUGGCAGCCUCCAGAGCUCUCUUUGCAAGGUCCAGGAUGUGGAUAUUCGCAAGGGCAUGGAGACCCUCCUUGCUAAGGCUAUGCAACGCGCCAAAUAUUUCGUCAGCAGCGGUACCUCCGAUGAAAUGCGCCAGCACUACAUGUUGAACGUGCCAGUCUACACCCACUUCACCAACCCCUCUCGCCGCUACACCGACGUUCUCGUGCACCGUCAACUGGAGGCUGUGCUCUCUGAGGGUGCUGUGGAGUUCACUGAUGACGUUGAGUCCUUGGCCAAGACUGCCGAUCUCUGCAACAAUAAGAAGGACUCGGCUCUCAAUGCCCAGGAGCAGAGCGUGCACAUUGAAGCCUGUCGCAACAUGGAUCGAAAGAGCCGUGAGAUUGGCGGUGACCUCAUCAGCGAGGGUAUCGUGCUCUGCGUCUACGAAUCCGCAUUCGACGUUCUCAUUCCCGAGUACGGCUUUGAGAAGCGUGUGCACUGUGACCAGCUGCCACUCAAGAAGGCCGAAUUCCGAAAGGACUCCCGUGUCCUCGAGCUCUACUGGGAGAAGGGUGUUCCAUCAUCUGCGUACAUUCCUGAGGACGAGCGUCCCAAGCCUGGCAACUCUCGUGCUGCACAGGCUGCCGCCGCUGCUCGCGAAGCUGAAGCUGCUCGCGAGCGUGCUCGUGAGCGUGACGAAGCCAUGCGCAAGCAAACCGAGACCGGUACAAUGUCCGCCGACGACGUUGACGCUCUCUUCGAUGAUGACGAGGACGUCGACGAUGUCACCGAGAUGGCAGCUGGCGUCUCUCUCAACUCGACUGAUCGUUCCACCCAGAGCAUGCCACCCUCACCCACCCGCAACGGUCACCAGCAGCAAGGACCCCACCGCACCCGUUCCGAUCCCAAGAUCGCCUCCGGUGCAGGAGACGCCCCCGAGAACAAGCUGACCAACAAGGAGAAGUACCUGAGCUUGUUCAAGCUGCGCGAAGUGGAUGGCGACCUCAUCCAGGAUGUCACCGAGAUGACUCGUGUGCCUAUCAUUCUGAAGACUGACUUGAGCAAGAGUCCCCCAUGCCUCACUGUUCGAUCCGUCAACCCCUACGCUCUGUAA